AUUUAUUGAGACAGACUCAUGCACCUGGAUCAUUUGUCAAAAAGGUCUCAGUUAUUAAUGGCCGGUCCAGCCAUGUGGCUUAGAAACAAUACCCUCAGAAAUGGGACUAACCAAGUGUUCAAUUGAAGGUCCUUUAAUAGAGCUUACAAAUUAUAUGUUAUCUCCCAGAGAUCUGAUUUCUGGCAUUUGUGUAAACAUGUCUACCGUUACCUCACUGAGAGACAAAAGGAUCGACAAUUAUUGAAAGGACUGAAAGUUUGACGAAUCAAUGGACUGUUACUUUGGUCUUACCAACUGCCCUAACAGUGGUGUUUGGAGGAAAGGCUCUGAAAUGUCGUUUUCAAGCACCUGUUCCUGAACAAGAUUUCCAAUGUUGGUGUGCCUGUGUUUUAGGGAAAAACCAGAGGAGAUAAUUGUCAGAACAAAGAUGGGACAUGGAGCCAGCAGCUCUGCCGGUAAGGGGGGCGGGGUACCGACUCUGUACAUUUACGGACUGAGUGCCCCCGCCAGAGCGGCGUGGAUGACGGCCAAGGCUGCGGAGAUCCCAGUCCACCUCAAAUACAUCGACCUCUUCAAAGGCGAACACAAGACGCCAGACUUUGCAAAGAUUAAUCCUGAUAUGACCCUACCAACGUUAGUAGAUGGAGAUUUUACAUUGUGGGAAAGUCGUCCUAUAAUGCAAUACAUGGUCAGCAAAUGGGGAGGGAAGCACUCCUAUUUAUAUCCUAAAGACCUUCAAAAAAGGGCCAUUUGUGAUCGACUCAUGAACUUUGACCUUGGAUCUGUGUACAAAACAGUGACAGAAUUCACAUACCCCCAGUUAUUUCAAGGCAAGCCCCCUGAUCCCGACAAAGAGGCAGCCAUGAAGAAAGCCUUCGAAUACCUCAACCGACAUUUAGACGGCGGACAACAGUACAUGACUGGUGAUAACCUCACAGUCGUUGACAUCUCCAUGGCAACCAAUAUCUCCCUGACCGAGAUCAAAGGUUACAAGCUGGACCAGUGGCCUGAUCUGGUGAUAUGGUACCGUCGAAUGAAGGCCCUGCCUUACUGGGCCGAGUGUAAUCGCGGACUGUACGAGUGGAAGUCGCCUCAGUGAUUGACGGAACCAGGAAUACUCACAAUGUUAUAUAAUUAAACAUUUGCACUUUAUACAUUUACAAUAGAAACAAAGGAGAAUAAAAUCCACAUAUUAAUUUUAUUUCAAGUGAAUCAACAUUAAACUAAAACCCAGGAGAUUUUGGACUUCAGCACAGUAAAUGUUGCCUGCUUUGUUAUUGUAAUUUACAGAUUUUAUUUGGGCACAAUAUCACAGCCAUGCAUACAUGUAAAACAUCAAUGCCACAUAAUCUACACUCUGUGUAUGCCACGUGAUUGAUUUAAAAUAUUAACUAACAAAAAUGAAAGCAGUCU